AUAAACAGCAUCUAACUCCAGCGCAGCCGGAGGCAGGCAGAGGUGGCAGCUGCCUUCUCCUGGGCGGAGGUUAUUCACCCACAUCCUCUCCCUGCACCCCACCUCCCAGAUCUCAAGCCUCAGCAGGGGACAAAGGCAGUCGGCGGGGAACCCCCCUCCCACGUUUCCCCAGGCCAAGCACCUCGGGAGCUGCGGGGCAGAAAGGCAGAGCCUGCCUGCAGGGAUGGAACAACCUGAAUGAAGGCGAGGUCCGCAGCGGAGGGGAUUAGGCUGUAGUGCUGUGAAGGAGGCAGGAGGCGAGGGGGAGGGGGCGCUGGGGCUUUCGCUUGCUCCAGCCCUGCCAGCCCAGCCAGCCCGAGACAACCCGCGCCAGCCACCGGGGCCUUGGAGAAGCCGGACUUCAUUAGCACCAUGCAGUGGAUAAGGGGUGGAUCGGGAAUGCUGAUCACUGGAGAUUCCAUCGUUAGUGCUGAGGCAGUAUGGGAUCACGUCACCAUGGCCAACCGGGAGUUGGCAUUUAAAGCUGGCGACGUCAUCAAAGUCUUGGAUGCUUCCAACAAGGAUUGGUGGUGGGGCCAGAUCGACGAUGAGGAGGGAUGGUUUCCUGCCAGCUUUGUGAGGCUCUGGGUGAACCAGGAGGAUGGGGUGGAGGAAGGGCCCAGUGACGUUCAGAAUGGGCACCUGGACCCCAACUCAGACUGCCUUUGUCUGGGCCGGCCACUCCAAAACCGGGACCAGAUGCGAGCCAACGUCAUCAAUGAGAUCAUGAGCACCGAGCGUCAUUAUAUCAAGCACCUAAAGGACAUUUGUGAGGGCUACCUGAAGCAAUGCCGGAAGAGAAGGGACAUGUUCAGUGAUGAGCAACUGAAGGUGAUCUUUGGGAACAUUGAAGACAUCUACAGGUUUCAGAUGGGCUUCGUAAGAGACCUGGAGAAACAGUACAACAAUGAUGACCCCCACCUCAGCGAGAUAGGACCCUGCUUCCUGGAGCACCAAGAUGGAUUCUGGAUAUAUUCUGAGUACUGUAACAACCACCUGGACGCCUGUAUGGAGCUCUCCAAACUGAUGAAGGACAGCCGCUACCAGCACUUUUUUGAGGCCUGUCGCCUCUUGCAGCAGAUGAUCGACAUUGCUAUUGACGGUUUCCUUUUGACGCCAGUGCAGAAGAUCUGCAAGUAUCCCUUACAGUUGGCUGAGCUCCUCAAGUAUACUGCCCAGGACCAUAGUGACUACAGGUAUGUGGCAGCCGCUCUGGCUGUCAUGAGAAAUGUGACUCAGCAGAUCAAUGAACGCAAGCGGCGCUUGGAGAAUAUUGACAAGAUUGCCCAGUGGCAGGCCUCUGUCCUAGACUGGGAGGGCGAGGACAUCCUAGACAGGAGCUCGGAGCUGAUCUACACUGGGGAGAUGGCGUGGAUCUAUCAGCCCUACGGCCGCAACCAGCAGCGGGUCUUCUUCCUGUUUGACCACCAGAUGGUCCUCUGCAAGAAGGACCUGAUCCGGAGAGACAUCCUGUACUACAAAGGCCGCAUUGAUAUGGAUAAAUAUGAGGUAGUUGACAUUGAAGAUGGCAGAGAUGAUGACUUUAAUGUCAGCAUGAAAAAUGCCUUCAAGCUUCAUAACAAGGAAACUGAGGAGAUACACCUAUUCUUUGCCAAGAAGUUGGAGGAGAAGAUACGCUGGCUCAGGGCUUUCAGAGAAGAGAGGAAAAUGGUACAGGAAGAUGAAAAAAUCGGCUUUGAAAUUUCUGAAAAUCAGAAGAGGCAGGCUGCAAUGACUGUGAGAAAAGUCCCGAAACAAAAAGGUGUCACCUCUGCUCGCUCAGUUCCUCCUUCCUACCCACCACCGCAGGACCCGUUAAACCAGGGCCAGUACCUGGUCCCUGAUGGCAUCGCUCAGUCGCAGGUCUUUGAGUUCACCGAACCCAAGCGCAGCCAGUCACCAUUCUGGCAAAACUUCAGCAGGUUAACCCCCUUCAAAAAAUAAUACCAACAGGGAGGCAGAUAAUUUUAAAAUAAAGUAAAUAAAAUUAUAUUUAUAGAUGGACCUUUUUUCGGAGAAGCACUGUUGAAAUUUAUAUAUAUAUAUACAUAUAUACACACACACACGCAUACACACACACAUACACACACGCACACAGGACCUUGAGUGUACACACACACACACACACACACACACACACACACACACACACACA